AUGGCAUAUCGCCCAAUGAUUCUUGCUGUUGAUGAUGGUGAUGAUGGUGAUGAUGGUGAUGAUGGUGAUGAUGGUGAUGAUGGUGAUGAUGGCGAUGAUGGUGAUGAUGGCGAUGAUGAUGGCGAUGAUGGCGAUGAUGGCGAUGAUGAUGAUGCAAGUAAUAAUGUUAAUGAAGGCAAAAGGACAAUAGAUGAGAUGAGAAACGAAAAAACGAGAAGCGAAAAAUGA